AUGGUCGGUGCACUGUUCACAGCACUGAUUCUGGGGGUGACAGAGCCUGUUCUCGCAAAUGGCGUUGCUUCCUGCGACAACUCCUCUGCCGUCGGGCCCUCCGGGAGCACCCAGGGCCUCGGACCUGGGGCCGCGGAGAACACCCGGGCGGCUGACGGCACCAGCAGCCGCCUCGUGAAUGGGACCGACUGCGAGAGGCACAGCCGGCCGCGGCAGGGUGCGCUGUUGCCGGAACCCAACAAGCUCUACUGCGGGGCCGUGUUGGGGGACUCGCCGUGGCUGCUCACGGCCGCCCGCUGCCGAAAAGUUUUCAGAAUCCAUCUUGGCCACCAUUGCCUGUCACGCAUAUGUGAAUCCGGGCAACAGCUGUUUCAGGGGAUCAAAUCCAUCCCCCACCCCGGCUGUUCCCACCCCGGCCACUCCAGCGACCUCACGCUCAUCAAACUGAACAAAAGAACCCGUGAGACUCCGCAUGUCAGGCCCAUCAGCAUCUCCUCCCAUUGUCCAUCUGCCGGGACCAGCUGCUUGGCGUGGUGGGAAACAGCCAGCAGUCCCCAGGCUACCUUCCCCAGAGUCCUCCAGUGCUUGAACAUCACUGUGCUAAGUGAUGACAGGUGCAAGACGGCCUAUCCAAAUCAGAUAGGUGACACUAUGUUGUGUGCUGGUGCCCAGGCCGGCAGAGACUCCUGCAGGGGUGAUUCCGGAGGCCCCGUGGUCUGCAGUGGUUCCCUCCAGGGCCUUGUGUCCUGGGGGGACCUUCCCUGCACUGAGCCCAACAGACCCGGCGUCUACACCAACCUCCGCCGGUUCUCCAAGUGGACCCAGGACACUAUGCAGUCUAAUUCAUGAGUCGUCCUAGGACCCGGCAUUCUGGCCUCCCUCGCCCCCUGCAAGUCCCCACCCCUGCAGGGACCCCAGCACUCCUUCCAGGCACCACUUCCUUCCCCAGAAUGUUGAGGUGGUUCAUCUCUCCACUGCCCCUACCCCAGUCUCCUGGAAUCAAGGUCCCCCCCUUUCCCGGACAGUGGAUGGACACGUCCUUCUGGUGGGAUCCUGAAGACAGUUCCCAUAAUGACCGGGGCGAGAGUUGCACUGCACCUCUGUCUCCCCAGUGCUUCCUUCCUCGGGUCCAGAGUCCACCUUCUCUGCAGCUGUGACCCAAAUUUGGCCCCAGAAAUAAAACGUCUG